AUUUGUCAGGGACAAGUGCUGCCAUAAAGUAGCAACAGAAGUCUUGCAGUCAUUAAUAAUAAUACAGAUCUCUGCCUGCCACACACACACACACAGAAGAAACCACCUUGCAUAAAUUCUGAAACAUAAACCAUUAGUUUAUUCACCUUCACCCCCUCCAUUUUUGCAACAAGAGUUGUAGUAAGAUGGAAAUGAUGGCUUCUUCUAGGUUCCCCUUCACAUCCACCCAAUGGCAAGAGUUAGAACACCAAGCACUUGUUUACAAAUACAUGAUUUCUGGCAUGCCCAUUCCCCCUGAUCUCCUCUUUUCCAUUCAGAGAAGCUUGGAUUCCUCCACUAAACUCUUUCUGCACCAUCAAUCUCCUCUUCAGUCUAUUGGAAGAGAGUAUUUCCAGAUGGGAUUUGGGAGAAAGAUAGACCCAGAACCAGGAAGAUGCAGAAGAACAGAUGGUAAAAAAUGGAGAUGCUCUAAAGAAGUAUACCCUGAUUCAAAAUACUGUGAAAGGCACAUGCACAGAGGCAGAAAUCGUUCAAGAAAGCCUGUGGAAGCACCAAACAACACACCACCACCACCACCAUUACAAAUGUGCACAAAAUCCCCAAACUACCCUUCACAAACUUCUCAUCCAUCUUUCAUUUAUCCACCACAGUUAUCAUCUAGAUCUUCUGGUAGUGUUUUGUCUUCUCAAGAUCACUUUUUGCUGGAAUCUAGCCCCUACCCACACUCAGAAAAAGAUCACAGCUAUGGGAUGAAAGAAGAUGUAGAUGAACAUCCAUACUUGUCAGAAAGUUGUGGUGGUGGUGCUAUCUCUGCUUCAAUGAGUGAUUCUUGGCACUUGGAACCGUUGGCCAUGAAAAACUCUUCAUUGGCCCAAUCACAAUCCAAACAGCGUUCUUUCUCAGAUUACCAAAAUGAAAAUUACUCGUAUCAGAACACCUCAAUGCAUAAACAACCAAAGCAGGAGGAUCAGGGACGCGGUUAUGAUCAAUUAGCCCUGAAAAUCGAAAGUAAAGUUGAACCCCAAAAGGUAAUGCACCAUUUCUUUGAUGUGUCACCAAAAGAUGAUCAUAACAAAGAUAAAGAUUCUUCCACAACUCAACUCUCGAUCUCCAUCCCUGACUGUGCUCGUGACUUCUUCCUCGCCCAUAAUGAUAAAUGAGGUUUUGAUUUUCUGGUAUUCGGUUUGGUAUGAGGUAAUGAUGAUUGUGUUGUGUAAUUGGUAUGUUUUAGGGACUUGUGUUAUAUAUGUAUUUCUUCUGUAGCAGUAUGUUUUCAUGAGAUUUCUCACAUCUUUGUCUU